AACAAGCUCCAAAUUCUCAAUUAAAACACAUUGCCAAAAAAAUUAUUUCCAAUUUCCCACCUUAAAAUAGAAAGAAAAAAUCUAAAUAAGAACACCAAAUAUAAGGAUUAUAUAAUAACCAGGAAGAGAAACGUCUCUUCCCCCAUUCGGUCCACGCAAAACAUCUUCUUGUUCCUGAAACCGGCCGCCAAAAGCCAGCAGCGCUGCUCUGGAGAAAGCGAGCGAGUGCGUCUCAGCGACAGAGGCCAAGCGAGAGACGGAGAUAGAGAGGGGCCUUUCUCUCUCUCUCUCUCUCCUCCUUCCCUCUCUUCCAUGCCCAAACCCAUCGCUGCCGCCGCCGCCGGCUGCUCCGCCUCCCACCCGACCACCCGCCUCCAGCCUGGCUGCCGUUCCCCCAGCCCGGGAAACGCGAAUGCCAGCCCCCUGACCGCCCCAUACCAUUCAUCAACUGUUCCUCUUCUCUCUUCCCCUCCUUCCGAUGGCGCUCUCGCCGGAGCUCCUCUCGGCGUCCUCUAAUCUCUACUGCGCCGAGGACGCCGACGACGUGGCCUCCUGGGAAGACGACGGCGGUGCCGCUGACGAUGGCGAGUGGGCCCUCCCGGUCCUCUCCGGCGACCGCCCCGUCGCCGCCCUUCUCGCAGCUGAGCCCGAUCACAUGCCCCGCCCUGACUAUCUCUCCCGCUUGCACGCCCGCUCCCUCGACGCCACCGCUCGCCAGGACGCCAUUAACUGGAUCCUCAAGGUGAACGAGUUCUACCGCUUUCGCCCGGUGACGGCGUACCUCUCCGUCAACUAUCUCGACCGAUUUCUCUCCUCGAACAGCCUUCCGGCGACGCAGGGGCAGAACGGGCAGAGGAGCGGGUGGCCGAUGCAGCUGCUGUCGGUGGCGUGCGUGUCGGUGGCGGCGAAGAUGGAGGAGACGCACGUGCCGCUGCUGCUGGACCUCCAGAUCCUGGACCCGCGUUUCGUGUUCGAGCCCCGCACCGUUCGCCGGAUGGAGCUCCUCCUCAUGGCCGCCCUCCGCUGGCGGAUGCGCUCCGUCACGCCAUUCGACUUCCUACCCCACCUCGCCUCCGCCCUGCUCCCCUCCGCCUCCGCCUCCCUUCUCUCCCGCGCCGCCGAUCUCAUCCUCAGCACCCACCGUGUGGUGGAUUUCUUGGGCUACCGGCCGUCGGCGAUAGCCGCGGCGGCCAUCCUCUGCGCGGCUGACGAGAUCGCCGACUUCCCAUCCGGCGACGACGGCGAUCGGUCGAGCCGCUUUGAUGAGUGGGUCAGCAAGGUUCAGGAGACGGUGAGUGGGUGUCGCCAGCUAAUGGAGGAGUACCUGAUCGACACGUGCCCAUCGGCUAGGGGGGCGAAGCCGCGGCGAGAGCCUCCGAUGCCGCAGAGCCCGGUCGGCGUUUUGGACGCCGCGGCGUGCGGCAGCUGCGACACCCAGAAGUCCUCCGCCGCGCCUCUUCCCGAGUUGGCCCGCGCCGAGCCGCCCCCCAAGCGCCGGCGCCUCGGCGAGGGCCGUUGUACAGAGAGUAUAGAUACCGGCGAUGAUGGUAAAAAUCUCUGAAAACAGAGAUUAUUAUCCCUCCCUCCCCACCAACCCCCCCUUCCCCCUUCCUUUUUUGUCGCUUUAGGAGAGAAAAACUGGCAGCUCUUUUUAUGAUAUAUAUUAUAUAUAGAAUAGUUUUGGAUGCGAGAUUAGUAGCUUAGGGCCCUCGCAACCGGAGACUGUUGUGCUGCUCUUUUUGUUCGUAUAUCUAUUUAUAAAAUAAUUCUUUUGAAAAG